UGUGACGUGAACCAAGGCAAUUAUCCAGCACACAUCAUGGCCACCUAGAGACCUGGGUGGCCGAGACGAGCGCCAGGUAUUGUGUGUUUAGAGACGCCGGGCCAGACAAGAGAUGAUCCGCGGGUACAGAGUCGAGUCCUCCCGAGGAAGGGGUCUAUACGAGGGCCAGUACGGGUCUCGGGGUGGAUCGGAGAGGGGCACACCGCCAGACACCCGCCAUGAGUCCAGGUUUCGCUGGGGCGGGGAGUAUACCCAGCCCAAGCGGAGCCCUCCUGCCUACUCCCAUGCUAGAGGAGGGAUGACAACUCUGGACAUUAUCAAACAGAACGUGCAGGACAGCAUGGAGGGGAAGCCCAGCCGUCCGCAGAGCGUGGCGGGGGACCUGCCGGUCAGCCGGUACGACCGAGACUACGGGCGAAGGGACUACGGCCUGAAGCGGAGCCCCGACCGAGAGUUCAAGGUGUUUAAGCGUGAGGCGUACGGAAGCUACCGGUCCCUACAGGCGGGCUACAGUGGGAGGCAGGACGAUACGGACAGCCAGGCUUCUGUAGAGAGCUGGAAGGGAAUGAGGAUCGGCCCACCAAAGAAGCCCCGUGUGUCGUCCACAUCGAGCGAGCGUGGUUUCGACAUGAGACGGGACAGAGAGAGCUACCGUGGCCAUGACACCAGCUUCGGCGGGUACAGCAGGGAGCGGCGACCCAGCGGAGACAGCGUCCAGUCCGUCACCGAGGGCAUGCUGGAACGCAGGCGGUUCGACCGAGACCGAGGGCCCAAGUCUCCUCUGGACGAGGCCUGGGAUCGAGACCGAGCCCAAGGGUACCGCGACAGGCGAUUCAGCGAGGACCGAGGCUACCGCGACCGUGACCGAGGAACCGGGACAUACCGAGACCGAGGGUACAGUGAGAGUGACCGGAAAGACCUUGGUCGCGGCCUCGAUCUCUCAUCUGAUCGCCACCGGGAUCUCGAGCCUGAACGCGACCGGGAUCACUACCGGGAUCGCGAACAUGAUCGUGAUCGUGAUCGUGAUCGCGAUCGCGACUACAAGCGCUCGUCGCGCGACCUGUCCCGGCUGGAGGAGGGAGGGGAGGAGGCUGCACGGUACAUUGAGAAGAUCCAGGAGCUGGAGGACCGACAGGACUAUCUGGAGGACAAGAUCCGCGCGCUGGGCGGGCGUCCCGAGCCGCUGAGCCGUGCGGAGGAGGACCUGCAGCAGGAGGUAGAGGAAGCCCACACCGAGCUGGACGCCAUCACUGUCCUCAAGGCAAAACUCGAGACGGAGGUCAACAACCUCAGGAAGGAUGUUGAAGAACAUAGGCGCAGGGUGGACGGAGAGCGGCAGGCUCGCUAUGCGGCGGAGGAGACCUUCAGGAAAGUCCAGGCGGAGUACAGCGAGCUCCGCGGCAUCAUCGACGACAUCAACGGGCAGAUCGACGCCUCCCGGGAGCGCCUCCGCGCCAUCAAGUACGAGCAUAAUGAGGAGAAGCGCCACCUACAGUCCAGACUGGGGGAUGACACGGGUUCGGACCGUAGCGGGGGCAGCUACACGCACUACUCACGUGACCUUUACAACUACCGGCGGAGGGAUACACAUAGCAGGGAGCAUCACGACUACGACAGUAGUGCCAAUAAAAGGAGGCUCUUUGAGAUGAUGGCAUCGGUGGAGAUGGAGGUCAACGAGCUACAGCGCGUGCGCCGCGAGAUCGUCAGGCAGCAGGAGCUAGUGCGCACGCUCCACAUCGACAUCCACACCCUCCAGUUCAGGGAGGACGAGCUGAGGAAAGUGGCGAACGACACAGACAAGCGCCACGGGCGGGAAGUCGACAUCCGGGACAAUGUGGUGACGAAGCUGCAGCAGGAGGUGGCGUCUGCCACUCAGGAGCUGCUGCAGCAGAAGUACCAGAACCAGCAGCUGCUGGAUGAUGCCAUGCUGCUGGACGCGCAGCUCAAGACCUACAGGAGGCUGUGGGACCUCAGCGAGGGACGGGGCCCAGGGGACCCCUCCUCAGCAGUAGGAGAUGAGGAAGAGACCACUGUGGGAACGUCUGGGCGGCGUCCAUUGGCCCUUCCUGCACCGCCGUCCAUGCCGACUGGUCGGACUUGGGGAGCCCUCACCAAAAUGGACACCACGGUUCAGCCCGGUUACGCCCCGCCCCCUUUGAAACGGGACUAUGGUACAACGCGCAUCGGAACCACUACCACCAAGAUCUCCUACGUCACUUCCGCUGCUGCUCGAAAGACGACGUCACGUCCUUCCAUGGAGGAUGACGCCCCAGGGGGGAAGUUUGCCAAAAUAGAAGUCAGGGGCCAAACCACUCGCAAGGACACGACGCCGACACUCACUGCUACCAAAACCAUUAGAAUAGGUCCGCCCAAGAACCCGGGCGAGUCCGGUUUUAUCCACCAGGUGGACCGGGCGGACCAGGACCAGGUGGAUACAUCAGCGGCGGUCACUAUGGAGAUAUCGGGACAGCAUGAGAGUUUCAUUGCGCAGACAGGAGUUGCUUACGGUCAGGUAGCCUCACUGACACCGCAGGCUGGACAACAGGAGAAAAUCAUGGUGACCGUCACAGAUGGCAAUGUAACGGGGGCUAAACAGCUCAAAUCAGGACAGACAAAAGAACUUUCUCCUCUGGAAACUCAACAAAUCAUGGCGUCAGUCCCCGCGGAAACUGCCCAGCAAUCAGGUAACAUCGUGGUCACAGUUACGGAAGGCAAGGUCGUCGAGACCAGGACAGUUACAGAGAAAGAGGCCGAAACCAUCGUUUCACUGGUAACCGUGGAAGCUGACCCAACAGUCGAGAAAGUCGUCGUCUCACUAGAGGGAGGGCAGGUGGUCGGAAAGCGAGUCGGUAAGGACAAAGCCAUGCCCCUUUCCCCACAGGAAGCCGCCCAACUAUGGAGAUCUGUUGCUCAGCCAGGACAGCAGACCGGAGAUGUCGUCGUUUCCCUUCAACAAGGUCAGAUCGUGGGAUCCCAGCAGCUCACACCAACGGAAGCCGAGACCAUCAAAUCAGUGGUCUGUCAAGAGGCACAAGCUGCGCAAGUUAUCCAAACGUCACCGCCAGGGAAUUCCGUUACUCUCAAACAACCUGGAGUGGUCGGUGCAGUCUGGUCAGGUGCUCAGAUUGAAGGUACUGUGGUUCCUGGAACAGUGGCACCAGGAAUGGUAGCACUAGGAACAGUACCGCCAGGAACAGUAGCACCAGGGAUAGUAGUGCCUGGAACAGUAGCUCCCGUUACAGCAGCUCCCGGAACCGUUGCUACCGGACCUGUUGCUGGAACUGUAGCACCUGGGACCGUACCACUGGGAACUGGGGCUGUAACACUCGGAACGGUUUCUCCUGAAACAGCAGUGUUUGGAGCCGUCUCUACCGGAACCGUAGCAACCGGAAUGACCUCGGUAACAACCGGAAUAGUAACACCCGGCACCGUAACAGCUGGACCCGGAUCUAUUGUUCCCGGAGCUGUUACUGGGUCGGAAAGUGUCAGUGUUGGAACUGUUGCCCCGGGUGGGGUUGCCCCGGCAUCAGGUACAGCAACUGUAUCCGGCCAGAUCCAGGAGUACCUCCCGCCGUUCGCACGACAUCCGCUACCCCCGAUUAGUGUGGGCGACACUCCAGCAGCGACAGGGUCCGAAAUGCCUCUUUCACCCUCAACCACAGUGAUGGCGUCUAUCGAAGGCGGAAACAUCGUCAGGGCGCGGAAACUCAACUUCGGCAAGUUCGAGGACUUCGCCCUUCAGGAGGCCGAACAGAUGUUGUCUGGGCUCCCGGAACGCCAAGAAACGCAAUCGGGCAACAUCAUGGUGAUGAUCUCAGAGGGGCAAAUCGUGAAGAGCCAGCAACUUUCACCCUGGGUGGCAGAGCAACUUAUAGCGACCAUGUCAGGAUCGGCGCCCGGACAGGUUACCGUGCCUGUGUCUGGACAAGCAACCUACGUCCCGGCACCGGGGUCCCCACCUGUAACUGUGCCGGUCUUUGGACAGGCUAAGAUCUCUCCAGCUAUUGUAGAAAAACCAGUAACCCCAGUCUCUGGAGAGGCGAAGUUUUUCACUGGACAGGAGCCGGGCGUAGCUGAUGGACAAGGAACUCUAUUACAGGGCACAGCCUCUCAGCAGAUCGCUGGCUCCUCUGUAAUAACUCAACAAGCCACCGUUACCGUCUCUGGCAUGACACCUGGAUUCCAAACCGCGCCCAUUGAAACAACACCGGUGUCAACGGUUCCAGCCCAUGGGUUCCAACCGAACAUACCACAGGUCAACGAUGAAACACUUCCUGCGGUCACUUCAAUGCCACACGUGUUGCCGAUGAUUCCAGAGACCCUUCCGGACACGUCCGAGAGAAUCGUUGCUUCCUUUUCUGACGGGAAGAUCGUUGGGGCCCAGAAAAUCGUUAAUGGCCGCACAGUUCAAGUUGAGCCCGCUUAUGCAGAGACCGCAUUGGCAACUGCGCCAAACCAAUUGCAAGCUGCACUUCAGUCUGGGACCAUCAUGAUGAGUGUGGUGGAUGGGAAGGUCCAGGAAACAAAACCGCUUACUCCAGCUGAGGCACAGUAUGUAGCGGCAACCGCGACAGUUGAAGACACCGGAAAGACCAUCCCGCACACGGCGCCUGGAUUGCAGCAGGUUGGAGGGUCCCAGACUAGGCAGGUUUUGUCCUCGCAAGUUUACAACUAUCAGACAAGUACUCCCUCGUUGGGACAGCAGGCCCUACAGCCGUCGGAAAAAAUCAUGAUGACCAUCGACGAGGGUAAGGUGGUGGAAGCGGUGCAGCUGAAGCACGGCGAGUCCACCCAAAUUCCAGCGUCAGAAGCGGAGAAGAUGCUGGUUCUUUCCGGACAGCCUGGGCAACAAUCAGGGAACGUCAUGCUUACUGUGUCUGAAGGGGCGGUUCUGAACACACAGCAGGUCACGCCGAGAGAGGCCGAAACCAUCGUGACGACUCUUACCGCCCAACCUGACCCCACCGCUGAAACAAUAAUGGUUCGCUUUCUUAACGGCCAGGUUGUGGGAGCCAAGAAGAACUUUCGGGAGCAAACAUCGACCCUGUCCGCUCCAGAAGCAAAAAUGCUGCUGUCUUCAGUUCCCAACCAGCCAACACCGCAGACUGGAAACAUUUUACUUAUCAAGUCUGAGGGAAGAAUCGUGGAGUCGCAAGAGCUUACAUCCACGGAAGCCGACACCAUAAUGACUACAGUGUUCAAAAAGGCGCCACAACAGCCUCUAGCCAAGCAGCAACCACACUUUGCGUCGGUCACUCGUGGCCAGCCGGAGUUUACUUCAAUGCAAACAACACAACAGCGGGAGAGAAUCGUGGUAAUGUUAGAAGAUGGGAAAGUCACGGGAGCGAAAGACCUGAAGACGGGGCAACAGAAACAGCUGUCACAAUUGGAGGCACAACAGAUCAUGGCGUCUGCCCCGGCAGGAACCGACCGAAAAACAGGCAACCUCAUGGUCACAGUUAAAGACGGGAGGGUCGCUGAGUCAAAACCGGUCACACAGACAGAGGCAGAAACAAUAGCUUCUGUCGUAGCUGAACAGACUGAUCCUACAGCCGAGAAAGUCGUGGUUUCCGUCGAAGACGGGCAGGUGGUCGGAAAGCGAGUCGGUAAGGACAAAGCCACGACCCUUUCUCCACAGGAAGCCGCCCAACUCUGGAGAUCUGUUGCUCAGCCAGGACAGCAGACCGGAGAUGUCGUCGUUUCCCUUCAACAAGGUCAGAUCGUGGGAUCCCAGCAGCUCACACCAACGGAAGCCGAGACCAUCAAGGCUGUGGUUGUGGAGGAACCCAAACCUACCGUGUGUGUAACUCCCGCCUUUACUUCAAUAGUACCAACAACAUCACAACAAGCUGCACCACAGGAAGACAAGAUCAUGGUGACUGUUACAGACGGCAAAGUUACAGGCGCUAAACAGCUCAAGUCAGGACAGGCAAAAGAACUUUCUCCUCUGGAAACUCAACAAAUCAUGGCAUCUGUUCCUGCCGAAGCUGCCGAGAAGUCAGGAAACAUCAUGGUCACAGUCACAGAAGGAAAAGUCGUUGAUACCAAGACCGUCACCGACAGGGAAGCGGAAACGAUUGUUUCACUAGUGACCGAAGAGGCGGAUCCCACAGCCGAGAAAGUCGUGGUUUCCGUCGAGAACGGACAGGUGGUCGGAAAGCGAGUCGGUAAGGACAAAGCCACGCCCCUUUCCCCACAGGAAGCAGCACAACUCUGGAGAUCUGUUGCUCAGCCAGGACAGCAGACCGGAGAUGUCGUCGUUUCCCUUCAACAAGGUCAGAUCGUGGGAUCCCAGCAGCUCACACCAACGGAAGCCGAGACCAUCAAAUCAGUGGUCUGUCAAGAGGCACAAGCUGCGCAAGUUAUCCAAACGUCACCGCAAGUCCAGCCAGGGGAUUCCGUUACUCUCCAACAACCUGGAGUGGUCGGUGCAGUCUGGUCAGGUGCUCAGAUUGAAGGUACUGUGGUUCCUGGAACAGUAGCACCAGGAAUGGUAGCACUAGGAACAGUAGCACCAGGGACAGUAGCACCAGGGACAGUACUAGCACCAGGAAAAGCAGCACCAGGAGUAGCAUCAGGAACAGUACCAACAGGAACCGUAGCAACCGGAAUGACCUCGGUAACAACCGGAAUAGUAACACCCGGCACCGUAACAGCUGGACCCGGAUCUAUCGUUCCCGGAGCUGUUACUGGGUCGGAAAGUGUCAGUGUUGGAACUGUUGCCCCAGGUGGGGUUGCCCCUGCAUCAGGUACAGCAACUGUAUCCGGCCAGAUCCAGGAGUACCUCCCGCCGUUCGCACGACAUCCGCUACCCCCGAUUAGUGUGGGUGACACUCCAGCAGCGACAGGGUCCGAAAUGCCUCUUUCACCCUCAACCACAGUGAUGGCGUCUAUCGAAGGCGGAAACAUCGUCCGGGCGCGGAAACUCAACUUCGGCAAGUUCGAGGACUUCGCCCUUCAGGAGGCCGAACAGAUGUUGUCUGGGCUCCCGGAACGCCAAGAAACGCAAUCGGGCAACAUCAUGGUGAUGAUCUCAGAGGGGCAAAUCGUGAAGAGCCAGCAACUUUCACCCUGGGUGGCAGAGCAACUUAUAGCGACCAUGUCAGGAUCGGCGCCCGGACAGGUUACCGUGCCUGUGUCUGGACAAGCAACCUACGUCCCGGCACCGGGGUCCCCGCCUGUAACUGUGCCUGUCUUUGGACAGGCCAAGAUCUCUCCAGCUAUUGUAGAAAAACCAGUAACCCCAGUCUCUGGAGAGGCGAAGUUUUUCACUGGACAGGAGCCGGGCGUAGCUGAUGGACAAGGAACUCUAUUACAGGGCACAGCCUCUCAGCAGAUCGCUGGCUCCUCUGUAAUAACUCAACAAGCCACCGUUACCGUCUCUGGCAUGACACCUGGAUUCCAAACCGCGCCCAUUGAAACAACACCGGUGUCAACGGUUCCAGCCCAUGGGUUCCAACCGAACAUACCACAGGUCAACGAUGAAACACUUCCUGCGGUCACUUCAAUGCCACACGUGUUGCCGAUGAUUCCAGAGACACUUCCGGACACGUCCGAGAGAAUCGUUGCUUCCUUUUCUGACGGGAAGAUCGUUGGGGCCCAGAAAAUCAUUAAUGGCCGCACAGUUCAAGUUGAGCCCGCUUAUGCAGAGACCGCAUUGGCAACUGCGCCAAACCAAGCUGCACUUCAGUCUGGGACCAUCAUGAUGAGUGUGGUGGACGGGAAGGUCCAGGAAACAAAACCGCUCACUCCAGCUGAGGCACAGUAUGUAGCGGCAACCGCGACAGUUGAAGAAGCCGGAAAGACCAUCCCGCACACGGCGCCUGGAUUGCAGCAGGUUGGAGGGUCCCAGACUAGGCAGGUUUUGCCCUCGCAAGUUUACAACUAUCAGACAAGUACUCCCUCGUUGGGACAGCAGGCCCUACAGCCGUCGGAAAAAAUCAUGAUGACCAUCGACGAGGGUAAGGUGGUGGAAGCGGUGCAGCUAAAGCACGGCGAGUCCACCCAAAUUCCAGCGUCAGAAGCGGAGAAGAUGCUGGCUGUUUCCGGACAGCCUGGGCAACAAUCAGGGAACGUCAUGCUUACUGUGUCUGAAGGGGCGGUUCUGAACACACAGCAGGUCACGCCGAGAGAGGCCGAAACCAUCGUGACGACUCUUACCGCCCAACCUGACCCCACCGCUGAAACAAUAAUGGUUCGCUUUCUUAACGGCCAGGUUGUGGGAGCCGAGAAGAACUUUCGGGAGCAAACAUCGACCCUGUCCGCUCCAGAAGCAAAAAUGCUGCUGUCUUCAGUUCCCAACCAGCCAACACCGCAGACUGGAAACAUUUUACUUAUCAAGUCUGAGGGAAGAAUCGUGGAGUCGCAAGAGCUUACAUCCACGGAAGCCGACACCAUAAUGACUACAGUGUUCAAAAAGGCGCCACAACAGCCUCUAGCCAAGCAGCAACCACACUUUGCGUCGGUCACUCGUGGCCAGCCGGAGUUUACUUCAAUGCAAACAACACAACAGCGGGAGAGAAUCGUGGUAAUGUUAGAAGAUGGGAAAGUCACGGGAGCGAAAGACCUGAAGACGGGGCAACAGAAACAGCUGUCACAAUUGGAGGCACAACAGAUCAUGGCGUCUGCCCCGGCAGGAACCGACCGAAAAACAGGCAAGCUCAUGGUCACAGUAAAAGACGGGAGGGUCGCUGAGUCAAAACCGGUCACACAGACAGAGGCAGAAACAAUAGCUUCUGUCGUAGCUGAACAGACUGAUCCUACAGCCGAGAAAGUCGUGGUUUCCGUCGAAGACGGGCAGGUGGUCGGAAAGCGAGUCGGUAAGGACAAAGCCACGACCCUUUCUCCACAGGAAGCCGUCCAACUCUGGAGAUCUGUUGCUCAGCCAGGACAGCAGACCGGAGAUGUCGUCGUUUCCCUUCAACAAGGUCAGAUCGUGGGAUCCCAGCAGCUCACACCAACGGAAGCCGAGACCAUCAAGGCUGUGGUUGUGGAGGAACCCAAACCUACCGUGUUUGUGACUCCAGGUCAACCGGCUUUUACUUCAAUACUACCAGCAACAUCACAACAAGCUGCACCACAGGAAGACAAAAUCAUGGUGACUGUUACAGACGGCAAAGUUACAGGAGCUAAACAGCUCAAGUCAGGACAGACAAAAGAACUUUCUCCUCUAGAAACUCAGCAAAUCAUGGCAUCUGUUCCUGCAGAAUCUGUGCAGCAGUCAGGAAACAUCAUGGUCACAGUCACAGAAGGAAAAGUUUCCGAUACAAAAUCAGUUACUGAGAAGGAGGCGGAAACGAUUGUUUCACUAGUGACCGAAGAGGCGGAUCCUACAGCAGAGAAAGUCGUGGUUUCCGUCGAAGACGGACAGGUGGUCGGAAAGCGAGUCGGUAAGGACAAAGCCACGCCCCUUUCCCCACAGGAAGCAGCACAACUCUGGAGAUCUGUUGCUCAGCCAGGACAGCAGACCGGAGAUGUCGUCGUUUCUCUUCAACAAGGUCAGAUCGUGGGAUCCCAGCAGCUCACACCAACGGAAGCCGAGACCAUCAAGGCUGUGGUUGUGGAGGAACCCAAACCUACCGUGUUUGUGACUCCAGGUCAACCGGCUUUUACUUCAAUAGUACCAGCAACAUCACAACAAGCUGCACCACAGGAAGACAAAAUCAUGGUGACUGUUACAGACGGCAAAGUUACAGGCGCUAAACAGCUCAUGUCUGGACAAACAAAAGAACUUUCUCCUCUAGAAACUCAACAAAUCAUGGCGUCUGUUCCUGCCAAAGCUGCCGAGAAGUCAGGAAACAUCAUGGUCACAGUCACAGAAGGAAAAGUCGUUGAUACCAAGACCGUCACCAAAAGGGAAGCGGAAACGAUUGUUUCACUAGUGACCGAAGAGGCGGAUCCCACAGCCGAGAAAGUCGUGGUUUCCGUCGAGAACGGACAGGUGGUCGGAAAGCGAGUCGGUAAGGACAAAGCCACGACCCUUUCCCCACAGGAAGCCGCACAACUCUGGAGAUCUGUUGCUCAGCCAGGACAGCAGACCGGAGAUGUCGUCGUUUCCCUUCAACAAGGUCAGAUCGUGGGAUCCCAACAGCUCACACCAACGGAAGCCGAGACCAUCAAGGCUGUGGUUGUGGAGGAACCCAAACCUACCGUGUGUGUCUUUCCUACUCCAACAGAACUAGUGUGGCCCCGGGACCCGAAUCAAUCGGCCUCCACGUCUCCAGAAGGACUGUGGCCUAAGGAUCCAAACCAACCAGCCUUCACGACCAUAACACCAUCUGGUACACAAAAGGUUUCAAAGGAAGACAAAAUCAUGGUUACAGUUACAGACGGCAAAGUAACGGGCGCAAAACAGCUCAAGUCAGGACAGGCAAAAGAACUUUCUCCUCUAGAAACUCAGCAAAUCAUGGCAUCUGUUCCUGCAGAAACUGUGCAGCAGUCAGGAAACAUCAUGGUCACAGUCACAGAAGGAAAAGUUUCCGAUACAAAAUCAGUUACUGAGAAGGAGGCGGUAACAAUUGUUUCACUAGUAACGGAAGAGUCGGAUCCUACAGCCGAGAAAGUCGUGGUUUCCGUCGAGAACGGACAGGUGGUCGGAAAGCGAGUCGGUAAGGACAAAGCCACGCCUCUUUCUCCACAGGAAGCCGCCCAACUCUGGAGAUCUGUUGCUCAGCCAGGACAGCAGACCGGAGAUGUCGUCGUUUCCCUUCAACAAGGUCAGAUCGUGGGAUCCCAGCAGCUCACACCAACGGAAGCCGAGACCAUCAAGGCUGUGGUUGUGGAGGAACCCAAACCUACCGUGUGUGUAACUCCCGCCUUUACUUCAAUAGUACCAACAACAUCACAACAAGCUGCACCACAGGAAGACAAGAUCAUGGUGACUGUUACAGACGGCAAAGUUACAGGCGCUAAACAGCUCAAGUCAGGACAAACAAAAGAACUUUCUCCUCUGGAAACUCAACAAAUCAUGGCAUCUGUUCCUGCCGAAGCUGCCGAGAAGUCAGGAAACAUCAUGGUCACAGUCACAGAAGGAAAAGUCGUUGAUACAAAAUCAGUUACUGAGAAGGAGGCGGUAACAAUUGUUUCACUAGUAACGGAAGAGUCGGAUCCUACAGCCGAGAAAGUCGUGGUUUCCGUCGAGAACGGACAGGUGGUCGGAAAGCGAGUCGGUAAGGACAAAGCCACGCCUCUUUCCCCACAGGAAGCCGCCCAACUCUGGAGAUCUGUUGCUCAGCCAGGACAGCAGACCGGAGAUGUCGUCGUUUCCCUUCAACAAGGUCAGAUCGUGGGAUCCCAGCAGCUCACACCAACGGAAGCCGAGACCAUCAAGGCUGUGGUUGUGGAGGAACCCAAACCUACCGUGUGUGUAACUCCCGCCUUUACUUCAAUAGUACCAACAACAUCACAACAAGCUGCACCACAGGAAGACAAGAUCAUGGUGACUGUUACAGACGGCAAAGUUACAGGCGCUAAACAGCUCAAGUCAGGACAAACAAAAGAACUUUCUCCUCUGGAAACUCAACAAAUCAUGGCAUCUGUUCCUGCCGAAGCUGCCGAGAAGUCAGGAAACAUCAUGGUCACAGUCACAGAAGGAAAAGUCGUUGAUACCAAGACCGUCACCGACAGGGAAGCGGAAACGAUUGUUUCACUAGUGACCGAAGAGGCGGAUCCCACAGCCGAGAAAGUCGUGGUUUCCGUCGAGAACGGACAGGUGGUCGGAAAGCGAGUCGGUAAGGACAAAGCCACGCCCCUUUCCCCACAGGAAGCCGCCCAACUCUGGAGAUCUGUUGCUCAGCCAGGACAGCAGACCGGAGAUGUCGUCGUUUCCCUUCAACAAGGUCAGAUCGUGGGAUCCCAGCAGCUCACACCAACGGAAGCCGAGACCAUCAAGGCUGUGGUUGUGGAGGAACCCAAACCUACCGUGUGUGUGACUCCAGGUCAACCGGCUUUUACUUCAAUACUACCAGCAACAUCACAACAAGCUGCACCACAGGAAGACAAAAUCAUGGUGACUGUUACAGACGGCAAAGUUACAGGCGCUAAACAGCUCAAGUCUGGACAAACAAAAGAACUUUCUCCUCUGGAAACUCAACAAAUCAUGGCAUCUGUUCCUGCCGAAGCUGCCGAGAAGUCAGGAAACAUCAUGGUCACAGUCACAGAAGGAAAAGUCGUUGAUACCAAGACCGUCACCGAAAGGGAAGCGGAAACGAUUGUUUCACUAGUGACCGAAGAGGCUGAUCCUACAGCCGAGAAAGUCGUGGUUUCCGUCGAGAACGGACAGGUGGUCGGAAAGCGAGUCGGUAAGGACAAAGCCACGACCCUUUCUCCACAGGAAGCCGCCCAACUCUGGAGAUCUGUUGCUCAGCCAGGACAGCAGACCGGAGAUGUCGUCGUUUCUCUUCAACAAGGUCAGAUCGUGGGAUCCCAGCAGCUCACACCAACGGAAGCCGAGACCAUCAAGGCUGUGGUUGUGGAGGAACCCAAACCUACCGUGUGUGUGACUCCAGGUCAACCGGCUUUUACUUCAAUAGUACCAACAACAUCACAGCAAGCUGCACCACAGGAAGACAAAAUCAUGGUGACUGUUACAGACGGCAAAGUUACAGGAGCUAAACAGCUCAAGUCAGGACAGGCAAAAGAACUUUCUCCUCUAGAAACUCAGCAAAUCAUGGCAUCUGUUCCUGCCGAAGCUGCCGAGAAGUCAGGAAACAUCAUGGUCACAGUCACAGAAGGAAAAGUCGUUGAUACAAAAUCAGUUACUGAGAAGGAGGCGGAAACGAUUGUUUCACUAGUGACCGAAGAGGCGGAUCCUACAGCCGAGAAAGUCGUGGUUUCCGUCGAAGACGGGCAGGUGGUCGGAAAGCGAGUCGGUAAGGACAAAGCCACGCCCCUUUCCCCACAGGAAGCAGCACAACUCUGGAGAUCUGUUGCUCAGCCAGGACAGCAGACCGGAGAUGUCGUCGUUUCCCUUCAACAAGGUCAGAUCGUGGGAUCCCAGCAGCUCACACCAACGGAAGCCGAGACCAUCAAGGCUGUGGUUGUGGAGGAACCCAAACCUACCGUGUGUGUGACUCCAGGUCAACCGGAGUUUUCGUCAGCCACGUCAACUCUGUCUACCAUCGUUUCAACUGAAUCGACCGCAACAGACAAACCAGUUAUUUCAGAGAAAAUCAUCGUAAACGUGGCCAACGGAAAAAUCACUGGGGCCAAGCAUCUAAGGCCUGGAGAUUUGAAAGACCUUUCACCUUCGGAAUCUCGUGAAAUUUCGUCAUACGUCCCUGUGCAGAAGCCAGGCAAUGUUGUCCUGACGGUUGCUGAUGGCAAAGUCAUUGAGUCAAAACGCGUCACCGAAAUAGAAGCGGAGAAUAUUAUCUCCCUUGUGUCUGAGGAGAGUGCUCCUGGAGCCGAGAAGGCUAUUGUUACCUUGGAAGGAGGUAAAAUAGUCGCACAGCGCGUUGGCAAAGACAAGACCACGGCACUAUCCCCUCAGGAGGCUGAAGAACUUUGGAGAUCUGUCGCUCAUCCGGGACAGAUUUCGGGGGACGUUAUGGUGUCCCUUUCGGGGAGUAGAAUCGUGGGAUCCCAGCAGCUUACACCAACAGAAGCCGAGACCAUCAAGGCUGUAGUAACAGAAAAAGCCAGACCUGCCGUGAAAAUAUCCACAGCUCGACCUCUUGACAGGGCACCCGGCCAAGACAUCCGCGGUGCUGAAACUCUGAUGGCCACCAUUGUGGACGGAAAAGUGGUCGGAGCACGGAAGCUGACCGACGGAUUGACCACGGAGGUUUCCACCGCCGAGGCUGAAGACAUUAUUUCUUCCGUACCGGGACAGUCGUCUCAAACAGGCCACGUCCUCGCCACGCUCGUUGAAAAGGAGGUGGUAGAAGUUCAACAGUUGACUCCAAAGGACGCGGAAGAAAUCACCGUAACAGGUGCGGUACCGCGAGCAAUCGACACAACCCCGGGGGAGAAGGUCCUGCUUACCGUAGCUGCAGGGCGCGUUGCUGAGGCCCAAAAGGUUGGCCUGCGCAAGCUCACUCCUCUAUCACCGACAGAGGGCCAGAAACUUCUAGAGUCGGCAUCGAUUAAAACCAAGGAGCCUGGGGACAUCGCUGUGACCAUAGUUGAGGGAAAGGUGGUCGGGUCACGUUGGGUGUCCAGUAAGCUCGGCUCCACACAGCCGGACGGAGCUGUCCCAACUGGAGAGACAGCGGUGAUUCGUAAAGUUGUGAUGACGCCCUCUGGCGAACGGGUGGUCCAGGAGGUAGUGACGCCAAAAGACGCUCCCGCGUCGGAGAUGUCGUUGGCCGGAGACUACGGCAAACGCGUCCAAGUCGAGGUGCUUGAAGGUCGGGCUGCGAUGAAGGAAUUCCUGGCGGGAUCCUCAACAGACUCUGACCAAGAGGCCUACAUGACAUCGCUGAGCAGCCAGAGUGAUGCAUACGUCUCGGCGUCAAGCGACGCCUAUGUCACACCUCCUAGUGAGCCCAGCGACGCGUAUGUCACUCCACCGGGAGACCAAUGGACUACUCCGGCGCGGCAGGUGAGCAGGACGGUAAGAGCUGGUUCGCACAAGUCACGGAUAAAGUCACAUCCGCGUUCUUCAGCCCCAGUCGGGAGGGGGACGCUGUAAAGGUCACCGAUGGCACGGUGCCUGUUGAAUCCUCAAUCGAGAGAAGCACGAGUGCAGAAGACAUCUUCGUGGAUGCGGAGCAAGGCAGACCGGUUCCUGAGACUGGUAUGGCUGUGGACGUUUCUGGGUCAACUGAGGCU